AUGGGCCGCGAUCAAUCCUACUGGGCCUCUAUCGAGUCAGAAAUUGAAGCCCAUCUUAAGAAGGUCAUAUCAAUUAGGCCACCUGAAUCUGUCUUCGAGCCCAUGCAUUACUUGACAUUUACAACACCCAAAUCCACAGCGCCAGCCUUAUGCGUUGCAGCGUGCGAGCUGGUGGGUGGUGAAAGGGCCCAAGCCAUGGCUGCAGCAUCAGCAAUACAUCUCAUGCAUGUUGCCACUUACACCCACCAACACAUGCACGGUUUCGGGCCCAAGCCCGGGCCUGCAAUCGACCACAAGUUUGGCCCGAAUAUCGAGCUUCUCACGGGAGAUGGGAUCAUGUCCUUUGCUAUUGUACUACUAGCCAAAGCCAUGAGCCCGGCCCGAGAAAACUCGGACAAGAUCUUAAGGGUUAUUACUGAGGUCACACGGGCCGUAGGGUCACAAGGGUUGCUAGAAGGCCAGUUUAGGGCGAUAGAAUGGAGUCAAUCAGGCAAUGGAGAUGAGGAAAUGUUAGAAUACGUGUGCAAGAAGAAAGAAGGAGAGAUUCAUGCAUGUGGAGCUGCUUGUGGAGCCAUUUUAGGAGAUGGAAGUGAUGAAGAAGUAGAGAGCUUGAGAAAUUAUGGGCUUUAUGUUGGAACAAUACAAGGAAUGAUAAAUGGAGUAGGCAGAAAUAAUAAAAACAAAAGAAUGGAAGAACUUAGAAUAUUGGCCAUGAAGGAAUUGCAGAUACGUUUCAAAGGGAAGAAGGUGAGCCCAAUUGCUAGUCUUAUUGAAGAGAGUUUCGUGCCUCCAUCACAAUGUGAUCUUCUUUAG